CGUUUAACAUAUUCUUGUAUUCAUUGAUUAUAUUCUCCAACAACAUGGGAUCUCCAAGCAUACCUCCUCCGCCUUCAUUCAAGACCGCGCCUGAUAUCUUUAAAGAAAUACCAACACCUUCGUUUGCAAGUGCUCCACAAUUAGAAGAUUUGAAUGAAACUGACAAGAAGCAGGCAUCACAUCGAGAAAAAGAAACAAAAAAUCGUAGUAGUAGUAGUCCUCGACGCGAUCGAUCACAAUCACCUUCUUAUCGACGACGACAAAAACAACGUCAUUCUCGUAAACGUUCGCGAUCCCCAUCACCAUCUCGUCACCAUCGAUCCAAGUCCCAGCGUUCUCGAUCUCAGUCUCCUAGGAAACGAAAGCGAUCAAAAGAAAGAUCUUCAAGACGCUCACCAUCUCCACCACCGUAUGACAAGUUGGAAUCUGGUUUGGCUUUUUACAUUGACAAAAGAGGUGAUCCUGAGACUCUCAAAUAUGGUCCCAAUUUGUAUACCACUCCUAUUUAUCAUCGUUCUGGACGGGGAAGAGUGAUUGGACUGUCGCAGUCAAGUGUGAUUGACCCUGAAAGUGCCAAAGCUGGAAAAUCUCUCGACAUUAUCCAAAAAACAAAAUCAUCGAAACAAUUAUUACCUCGGAUUGGACGUGAUGUGAAUUGGCCAAGUGAUAGGCAGUUAGUUCGACCGAAAACCGAAGUAGAUGACAAUAUAUUUUCUAGUCAAUUUGAUUUUGUGGAUAUGGCUGAUAUGGACGAAAUGGAUGGUAUAGCUCGUGAUGAUGAGACGCAUCAAUUUGUUUCUAGUGGAUUAGACUAUCGUACUAUUGAAGGGAAGUCAGAUACGACAAGACAGGAUAUAAACCAAGAUAUAGGAACAUUUGAUAAUUACGUGCGAAACAAAACAGUGCAAUACAACAAUGAAUUAUCACAGGAUCCAACGAAUGUGAAGAACUGGCUUGCAUAUAUCGACUUUCAGGAUGAAAUUGCAAGUGGACGUGGUAUGGAAAUGAAAAACCAAUCAAGGACAAAUAAAAACUCGAUGAAUGUCAUCAAGCUCUGUAUUUUUGAUCAGGCGCUGGAACACAAUCCUGAAGAUGAAGAUUUAUGGCUUGCUUAUUUACGAUGUGGUGAAGAUGUUUGGGAUACGGUGACAAAAUUACAAAAAUGGGACAAGGCUCUUGCACGAAAUCCAAAUUCUAUUCGAUUAUGGGCAGAUUAUAUCAACCUACGACAAACCAGUUUUAUAAGUUACUCAUUCGAUGAUUGUGUCAAGGUAUUUGAAGACUGUUUACACACUCUUCAUAUGGUGUCGAGGAAACUCCAGCUAGAGAACAAAAACGAGCAAGAUCAUUUGGAAGAACUCGAAAAUAUCGAAUCUUUGAUGGUUUAUGUAGUAUUGCGUUUAUGUCUUUUUAUGAAACAAGCAGGAUAUCAAGAAAGAGCAUUUGCUUCCAUUCAAGCCCUGGUAGAGUUCUGUCUAUUCCAACCGUUGUUUUAUCAAAUGUCUUCAUCAAUAUCACUUUCAAGAAUGAUAGCUGAUUUUGCCGAUUUCUGGGAUAGCGAAGUACCAAGAUUUGGAGAACCGGAAGCAAAAGGAUGGCAUAUAUAUUACGAAAAAAGGCAAAAUGGGGAGGAAAUACCAACUGUAACACCUAAGCAUUCUGAGAAUGACCACAUGCAACAUGAUAUCGAAACCAUUGAAGAUUGGCUCCAGCAAGAAAAGCAACAAGAAAAAAGGCAUGUACUACCUAGACGAAUGGAAGAUACUGAACAAAUAUCUAUCGAUGAUGAUCCCUUUCGGAUGGUAUUAUCAGAGGAUGUUACAAAUAUCUUAUUCAACAUUACAACUGAAGCAGCACGAAAAAGUCUUAUUUAUAGCAUCUUCGUUUUUCUUGGUCUUCCUUAUUCACCACCUGGUGUCGGUACCAACACUCAUUUUAGUACGGAUACUUUUACUCGCAAUGAUCUAUACCUUGAAGGGUACUGGCCGUCUGUCGAAAAACAGCAACAUCAGAUAUGCUAUGUAGAUGGUGUACCUAUGAAGGAAAAGCAACAAAGUCAGCAAACUCCAUUCUCCAUGCCAGUCUCUUAUCCUGUGAAUGUUGAAGAAUUGUUCGCAAGGCAUGAUCAAUGGUUCCACUGUCUUGGCAAGCAAUACUUGACAAACGAAGAAGAAAUCAAGUUUACAAGAUAUGCUUUUGAACAGUUACUGAAUAUAGAGAAAAAUGAUUCUCAUCUCGCAAUGUGUUACCUCUCGUUUGAAUCUAGUUAUGGAUAUAAAGCUGGACGCAAAUUGGCAAAACGGCUUUUGAACGAUCAACGAACGAAUAUCAAAUUAUGGAAUGCCUAUGCUCAAAUGGAAAAAAGCCAUGAUCGACCGGAAGAAGCGCGCAAAGUAUACCAAUUGGCUCUUACAGCAGCAAAAGAUUUUUCUCCAAAUGAACGUCGAAAUAUACCACUACUGUAUCGAAUGUAUGCACAAAUGGAAUUGGAAUACAAUCGACCUGAAGAAGCAUUGAAUAUCAUUUUCUCUUUAGCAACUGGUGAUCAAUAUGUUGAGAACAGUGAUCGUCCUACGAAAUCACGUCUUCUCCAGGCAAAAGAGUACUUUAAACAAGAGAGUAACAUGACUAGGCAGCACUUGACUGAAACGGAUAAUGCAACUACAACGGCAAUGGCAUAUGAGUCAUUGGUUUGUUAUGGAUUAUUUGUUUAUCUUGUGGAUAGUAUAGAUUCAGCUGUACAAGUGUACGAAGAUCUUUUGGACUAUCUUCGGCAACAUCAUAUCGAACGUGGAUUUUUCAGUGAAAAGGUAUGGGUAGCUUAUGUGGAACUAUUACAUCGACAUUCAACGAAAAGAAAAGAAAAUGGAUAUCGACCAGGGUUAUUACGGCAAGCAUGUUCCAGUGGAUUAGAGCUGUUUCCUAAUAACACGAUACUUUUGGGAUUGUUUAUGUGGAAUGAAUCAAGAACAUGGAUAUAUAAUCGAGUACAGGACUUUUUUACAAGAAAUCUGGAAAGGGAUCCGAAUAUUAUUCUGUGGUUGGGAUAUACAUUUGUCCAUUUACAUAGGCAGCAACCUUAUGAUGUUAAUCUGAUAAGAACUAUUUUUGAAGAAGCUGUUGAACAUCCAAGGACCAGAGCAUCCAUUCUUUUAUGGAAGCUUUAUAUUGAACAUGAAUUACGAUUGGGAAAUAUGGAUAAGGCCAAAACAUUGUUGUAUCGGUCUGUUCGUGCUUGUCCAUGGUCCAAAGAUUUAUUUUUAUAUGGAUUACAACAUUUCAAUCGAACGAUGACUAAUCAAGAUCUAUUAGAUUGGACAAGCUUGAUGAUGGAAAAAGAUAUUCGAACAAGGUGGAUGAUUGAUCAAGAAACAUUAUUUGAAUUAGAGUAGUUGUUUUAUUUAUUGUAUUUAGCUUAGAUAAGCAAAAUAAAAUGAAUUAUAGUUUUCU